AUGCCACUCUGUACCCUUUAUCUCGUGGCGCUCCACAAGACGACACCAAAUCCAAUCCUCACAUUCCUCUCCACAUUAAGGUCGGCGAACAAAUCACCACUCGUCGUAUCGCGAGUCAUACGUUGGAUUAUACUACCCUCUAAACUUUCAACCGAACGCCUGCUCGCUCGGAAUAUUCAAUGGGAUCUCCUGAUCGUCUUGCCGGGCACGGAUCCUCUUCCCACCGAACUCCAGAAGCUAGUACAUCACCAGUGGAGCGUAGCAGCUGGUGUCCCCUCGCGCUUAAUUGAAGACUUUUCUACCAAGAACGAAAAGCUACUUCAUCCAAACAAGAGCACCGUGCCAGAUAUGCAAGAGCAGAAUGACAGGAAGACGACCGACUCAAGUCAGAGUCUGGAACUCAGCGAUGAGCUGAACGAAUGGAUUAAAACCUUUGUAACCACCGGGACAAAAGCAAGCAAAGGCGCAGUCUCAAUGUUCAAUCUUCUCGCGUUCAACCCUGGUAUGAAGGAAGAAUACCUCAAGUACGGCGCCGCAUUCGCAAAGUCAAUUGGGUCCAAACACGGCGGGAAUGCGAAGAUUGUUGGAAAUGUAACGCACGUGAACGGCUCUGCGAUUACGAAAGCAGAGAACUGCAGCGUUGGUACAAGUGGUGAGGUUGGCGGUGGGAAAGACGACUGGAAUGAGAUUGCGCUGGCGCAUUAUCCUAGUAUUCUGCACUUUAGGGAUAUGCUAGUAAGUGAGGACUAUCAGGAAGUCAACAAGAGGCACCGUGUUCCUAGUCUGGGGGAUACGUGUAUCUUGAUGACGAGUGAGAUUGCCAUUGAGGAGUUGCUGAGUGAGGGUAAAGGUGGAGCAAAGUUGUAG